AUGUCGUCAACCAGUUACAAUCUCGGCAUCGCCGAGGUCGCGCGGUCGCACGCUGUGCCGCCGCACUCGUCGCUGGUCGUCCGAUCGUCCUCCUUGGGUGCAUCCAACAUGCAACCCCUCUCCACCUCCCGCAGCCCAUUCCUCUCCAGAACAACCCCCGGCGCAGCACUCCGCGCGCGCCGAAACGGGGGAGCGGCAGCCGCGUCUGGUCCGGUGAAGGUUGAGGGGAACCUGUGGGACGACCUGCAGCGCGCGGCGACGGGCAAGGAUGCGGGGAAGGCGGAAGACCUGGACAAGGGGAAGAAGAAGUAUGGCCGCGAGACUGUGCAGUACAAGCCGAACCGCACGGUGGCCGGGCGGAAGAGCGCGGGGAGCGCAGCUUCCGGCGGCGGAACUACCUUCCUUAGCAGGUCCCCUAGCUCCUCCGCGCGCAAGGGCACGCAGUACGCAGUGCGGGCUGCGGGGAAAUCAAGCGGAGGCACGCAGCUGAUCGUGCUUGGGGGAAAGGGCAACGAUAAGGGGAAGGGGGCGCGCAACGGGAACGGGGAGGGCGGAACUCAGAAGCUGCUGGCGGAUGUGACGUCUGGCCUGGGGCUAUCGCUGGGCGGCAAUGGCGGCGCGCAGAAGGACGGCAAACUGGUGUUCGUGGUGGGCGCCGGCAGCAGCGUGGGCGCCGCCACUGUGAGGGAGCUGGUCCGCUUGGGGUACCGCGUGCGCGUGCCGCCCAACGAGGCGGACGCCGCCCAACCGCUGCUCGCUGACCUACCCGAGCCGCCCAAGGGUCUCCUUGACAUGUUUCUCCCCGGCGGCGCCAGUCUCCCCGCGGUGGAGUACGCGGAGGCGCUGGGCGCGUGGCCGCUGGGCGCGGGGGUGAUCGGCGCGGAGGACGCCAUGCGCGGCGUGGGGAGCGUCGUGUGCGUGGCGGACAGCCUUGACACUAGCGUCAUCAGAGCGGCGGAGGAGCUGCAGGCGCGACGAUUCGUCCUCGUGCUACCGCCCAUCAGCAACCCCCUAGCCAAGCUGUUUGAAGCGGCGUCGUGGCAGGCCAAGGCAGAGCAAGCACUCGCUGACUCCGCCCUCGACUUCACUGUCGUCCGCACGCCUGCCAUCGUCGAAUCCCUCCCCACAGCCUCCGCCCCUUCCCCCUCCGCGCCUGCUGACUCCGCCUCCUCCCCUACUUCCUCCUCCUCCUCCUCCUCCUCCGCGGACUCCCCCCCCGCGCCCUCCCCCCGCGUGGCGCUGCGCCUGGGGCCCAACGCGCGCGGGUCCAUCUCAGAAGGCUGGCCGUCUGGUGCCAUCUCGCAGAAACAGGUGGCGAGGGUGGUAGCAGGGGUGCUGAAGGAGGGCUCCCCGCGCCUCAAGCGCCAGGUGGUGGACGCUGUGGUGCAGCCGUCCGCGUCCCCCCAGCCCUCCGUCUCCGCGCUCAUCGAUGCCGCGCUCUCCCAGGCCGCCGCUGCUGCCAAGCCUGCGCCUGCUGAGGCGCCUGCUGCCGCCAGCCCCAAGUUCAAGCUGCCAGCCAUGGCCAUGCCCACUGCCUUGACAGGCAACAACGCACCCAAGAGCGACGGCAAGGAAGCGAAAGGUAGCAGCAAGGACGCAGGCAAGGAGAAGGAGAAGGAGCAGGAGAAGGCUAGCGGGACGGUGAAGCUGGGUCUCAAGGAGGCGGAGAAUCUCCUCUCGCGCUUCACCAAGCCCAGGGACGCCCCUGCAGUGGAGGAGCCGGCCCAGCCCGCGUCUGACCCGGUUGCGCGCGCCCAGGAGGCUGUAGCCAAGGCGCAGCAGCAGCUCGCGCAGUCCCUCUCCCUGCCCUCCUUCCCCUCCGCCUCGUCCGCGUCUGGUACCAAGGGCGGCACGCAGCGCGGGGGGACCGUGCGCAUGGGUGUGCAGAAGAAUGGCGGGGUGAAGGCGGGCGUCAAGAGGGGCGGCACCAAGGUGAUUGACAAGCGCGCACAGCGUAGGAUCGUGGCGGGGAACGCGGCGCAGAGGCAGAGGCAGCAGCGCGGGCGCAAGGCGGAGGAGGGCGAGGAGGGGGGGAUUGAUCUGCUGGGGUCGUGGGUGCAGGGCAUCCAGUCGUUUGAUGGACAGCUGCCCACUAGACCAGUCAAGAAGCAGCCUCCUGCUCUCCAAUGGCUUCAGUCCCUCCUGCCACAGGAGGAGGAGGAGGUGCCAGAGCCGGAGGAGCAGGGACCCCUGGCUGCAGCGCGGCGCCUCUUCUCCCCGGCAGCACCUCCUCCCGCACCCGCUCCUAAGGCCCCCACUGGCGCCGCCGCCAUAGCCUCCUCUGCUGCUACUGCUGCUGCUGCUGCGGCCGUGGACGCUUCCCCUGCUGCUGCCGCUGCUGCUGCGUCUGCAGAGGCUGAGAGCGGCAGCGAGGGGGGCAUGCAGGGAAUGAGGGCGCUGGCAGGCGCUGCAGCAUCCGCACUGAAGGAUGCGGUGGCGAGUGCGGCUGACAUGGAGGAGGAGAGGAAGAAGGCAGAGGAGGAGAAGAGGAUUCGCGAGGAGGCAAGGAAGAAGGAGGAGGAGGAGAAGAAGAAGAGGGAUGCAGAGGAGAGGAAGAAGAGGGAGGAGGAGCGCAAGGCACGAGAGGCUGAGAGGAAGAAGCGGGAGGAGGAGAGGCGUGUGCGGAUCGAUGCCGAGUGGAAGGCUCGUCAGAUGGAGAGAAAGCGCAUGGAGGAGGAGGAGAAGAAGAGGCAGGAUGCGAGGAGGCUGAUGGAGAAGAGGAGGCAGGAGGAGGAGGCGCUGAGGCUGGCCCAGCUGAGACAGCAGCAGGCAGAGGAGAGGCGCAAGCAGGAGGAGGAGAGGCGUAAGAAGGAGGAGGAGAAGAAGAAGCAAGCAGAGGCGGCUAAGAAGGAAGCAGAGGAGAAGAAGAGGAAUGAGGAGGAGGAGAAGCGGGCAGUGGUAAUGAAGGCUCAAGAGGAGGCGAUGCAGGCAGCCAGGAAGCUGGAGGAGGAGGAGAGGAAGCUCAAGGAGAGGCUGUCGUAUCCACAGCCAUCAAAGCGCGAGUCUGAGGGCGUGGUGUUCGUCACAGGCAACAGCAACGCUUCCCCCGAGGAUCCCGACAAGCUGCACGCGAGUUCGGGAUCGUCGGGGAAAUCCGCGGAGGAGGCUCUAGCGUCGUUAACGGUAGCGGGAUCGCAGGAUAGCGGCAAGGGCGCAGCGUCUAGUUCAGGGGGGGAUAAGGGCAAAGCCGUCGCCGCGGCAGCAGCUGCCGCUAAGCCCGCAGUCCCAGCGCCUCUCAGCGGGCCUCUUGCGCUCAUGUCGCAGCUCAUGGGUCAGCAGCCGCGCCGCCAUCUCUUCUGGGAGACGCAGCCCGUCGUCGGCGGCACUGCCGGCGCGCCGGCUCAGGCAGGAGCUGCAGGCGGCGGCGGCAGUGAAGCCGGGGAGAGCGGAGCCGGCAGCAGCAGCGACGGCGGCGGCGGAGGUGGCGGCGCUGUCGCCCGCGUGGAUAUUGCGGAGGAGGGCCCGAUCGAGCCGCCGACUCCGCUGGAGCAGGUCCGCGCGGAGCCGUACGCGCUGCCGGCGGCGUACGAGUGGUGCACAUGCGACGUGGAUAGCGACGCGGAGAUGCGCGAGGUGUACGUGCUGCUGACGAAUAACUACGUGGAGGACGACGAUAACAUGUUCCGAUUCGACUACUCGCAGGAGUUCCUUCGCUGGGCGCUUAAACCCCCGGGAUUCUACAAGUCGUGGCAUGUGGGUGUGCGCGCGCGCCAGUCGCGCAAGCUCGUCGCGUUCAUCACGGGGGUUCCCGCCACGGUGCGCCUCCGCGAGAAGCUGGUCCGCCUGGCGGAGAUCAACUUCCUCUGCGUGCACAAGAAGCUGCGCUCGAAGCGCCUCGCGCCUGUGCUGAUUAAAGAGGUAACGCGGCGCGUGCACCUGCAAGGGAUCUGGCAGGCGGUCUACACCGCAGGCGUGGUCCUGCCGACGCCCGUGACCACCGCGCAGUACUGGCACCGAUCGCUAAACCCGAAGAAGUUAAUCGACGUGGGGUUCUCGCGCCUCGCGCCGCGAAUGACCAUGUCGCGAACCAUCAAGCUGUACCGACUCCCGGAGCAAACCGCGACGCCCGGGCUACGCGCCAUGGAGCGGCGCGACGUGCCGGCCGUGUGCCGGCUGCUGAAAUCGUACCUCGCGCAGUUCGUGAUCGCGCCCGAGCUGAGCGAGGCCGAGAUAGAGCACCUGCUGCUGCCGAUUAAAGACGUAAUUGACUCGUUCGUAGUCGAGGACCCUAAGACGCACGAACUAACGGAUCUCGUCUCCUUCUACACGCUCCCGUCGACGAUAAUCGGUAACGACAACUACAGCAACCUCAAGGCGGCGUAUUCGUUCUACAACGUGGCGACGGCGACGCCGCUGCUGCAGCUGAUGAACGACGCGCUGAUCCUGGCGCGGCGGCGCGACUACGACGUGUUCAACGCGCUCGACAUCAUGGAGAACGCGCAGUUCCUCAAGACGCUCAAGUUCGGCCCGGGCGACGGGCACCUGCACUACUAUCUCUACAACUACUGCAUGCACGGGCCGUUUCAACCCGCGCACCUCGGCCUCGUGCUGCUCUGA